AUGCCCCGUUCUUCUCGUACAGGCGUAUUAGUUUUUGAUCCAGAAAUCGAGAAGACCGCACGAAAGUUGAAGAAGCAAGCUAAGGAGUGGAAAAAGAGAUCCAAUUCUGCUCCACCGAGUCUUGAGGAUCAAGAAGAAAUUGAAGAUCCAAUGGGUGACCGUAAUAAUAGGGAUGAGGAGAACGAUAGAGAGAUCGUUGAUCCUCGACAGGAACCACCUCAACUGAUCAGAGAGUUAAGCCGUCAUAGAAGCAAUCGCCCUUUAUGCAUUGUCCUUCCUGCCAUUAAUGGCAACGCUGAAAUACGGCCUGGUUUCAUUCAAGUGCUACCCAAAUUCGGUGAUUUACCUGGAGAGAGUGCACACAAGCAUCUGGCUGAAUUUGAUCUAGUUUGCUCAACUCUACGCCCUCAUGGUUUUACUGAAAAUAAUUUGAGGCUAUUGACUUUUUCUCAUACUUUGCAGGGUAGAGCAAGAGAUUGGCUUUUUGAUCUUCCUCCUGGUUCGAUUAGAACUUGGGGUGAUUUAGAAGAACAAUUUUUGCAAAAAUUCUUUCCUGAGUCCAGAGCUGCAAAUUUGAGAAUGGCCAUUAGCAGCAUUAAACAGAAGAAGGCGGAGAGUCUAGCCGAUUAUUGGGAGAGAUUCCAACAGCUGUGUCGCAAGUGUCCUGAUCAUGGAUUUUCUGACUACCAAUUGCUUACUAACUAUUUUUAUCGUGGUAUGUCUUCUUUUGAUAGGAAAAUUGUUGACGCUGCUUGUGGUGGAAGCUUGACCAAUAAAACUUUGGACGAAGCAAAGCAACUCAUCGUUGACAUGGUUUCAAAUGGCCAACAAUAUGAGGAUGAGGAUGAUGAUCGUUAUAGGCCAGUGCAGAAAGUAGAAGAUUCCAACAUGAACGAGAGAAUUGAUGCUCUCACCUCUUUAGUUAGAGGACUUGCUGAUAAUAAUACUGAGCAAGCGUGCAUGGGAUCCGCUGAUGAGCAAGAGAUGAACGCACAAAGGCAAAGGCGAAACGACCCUUUUUCCAACACCUACAAUCCAGGGUGGAGAAACCACCCAAAUUUUAGGUGGAGACAGCAGGAACCAGGGAUGUACGCGCCGAAUCCGCCGCAAGCUGGACAGUAUGCCCAUACCGCACGUCCUGCACCGAGUUCUGCACCCAAUAUGAGCGAUAUCAUGAAGAGCCUCGCCCAGAGCAGUGAAAUUGUGAAGAAUUUGGUGCAAAGUCAGCAGGCGUUCCAGCAUGAAACUCAGGCAGCGUUGAGUAAUAUGGGCACACAAAUCACGCAGUUAGCCACUCAGGUGAACAAGCUGCAGGCGAAUCAAGGCCGACUUCCUUCUGUCACGGAGAUGAAUCCCAAGGAAAAUGCAAGUGCAGUAACUACAAGAAGUGGGAGAAUUCUAGCUGAGCCACAACCUAAGCAGCAGAACAAAGAUAAGCCCGAUGAAGCCAAGGACGAUGCAAUUAGUGAAAAGUCACCAGAAUCCACCGAGCCUAGCUCUUCUAAGGUAAGUGGAAAACCUAAGGUUUCAAUUCCUCAAUCACUGACUGCACCACCUUUUCCUUCUAGGUUGGCUCAGAACAAGAGAAUUGAAGAAGAGAAGGAUAUUCUGGAAAUCUUCAAGAAGGUAGAAAUAAACUUGCCCUUGCUUGAUGCAAUUAAGCAAGUUCCCAGGUACGCAAAGUUUUUAAAAGAGUUAUGCUCUAAGAAAAUGAAGUUUGGGAAUGAUGCGAGAAUUCGAGUGAGUGAGAAUGUUUCUGCUGUUCUGCAAAGAAAAUUGCCCCAAAAGUGUCGAGAUCCUGGUAUGUUCACUAUUCCAUGCAUUAUAGGUAAUAAGACUGUUGAGAGAGCCAUGCUAGAUUUAGGAGCAUCCAUAAAUGUCAUGCCUUAUUCUGUGUAUAAGGAUUUGCAAUUAGGACCUUUGAAAGACACUCGUAUUAUCAUUCAGUUAGCUGAUAGGUCUACUGCAUAUCCCGAAGGUGUUGUUGAGGAUGUCCUUGUCAAGGUCAAUGAUUUGAUUUUUCCUGUGGAUUUUUAUAUUGUUGAUAUGGAUGAUUCUGCUAAGCAAUCCUUGAUUCUUUUAGGGAGACCAUUCAUGAAAACUGCUAAAGCAAAAAUUGAUGUGGAUAGUGGAAUGCUUAGCCUUGAAUUUGAUGGAGAUGUUGUCACAUUUAAUAUUUUUGAGGCUAUGAAGCAUGUUGAGGAUCCUGAAUCUGUGUUCAUGAUUGAUGUUAUUGACCAUUUGGUUGAGGAAUUUGUUGAGAAUUUCAGGGAGGAUGAGCUUGAGCAUGUUAUUUUCAGUUCCCUAACUGAAGAGAACUCCAAAACUGAGGAGAAUGAAGCCAUUAGAGAGAUUAUCACGCAGCUGUACUCAACGGAGGAAAUUCCAGUUCGGCACCUGUCGAGCAGGAUGCCCAUACCGACCAGCACAGAACCAAUUUUGCCCUCUGUUGUGAAGCCACCGAAGCUGGACUUGAAGGUACUGCCCCAGCAUCUGAAAUAUGUGUUUUUAGGAGAGGAUGACACGCUGCCAGUGAUCAUCAGCAAUGAACUCAGUGCAGAACAAGAGGUAAGGUUGGUAAGUCUUCUUAAGAUGCAUAAAUCUGCCAUUGGAUGGACUAUAGCCGAUAUCAAAGGUAUUAGUCCCUCUACUUGCAUGCAUAGAAUCUUACUUGAGCCUAAUAGUAAGCCGUCUAGGGAUCCUCAAAGAAAAUUGAACCCUGUCAUGAAAGAAGUUGUGCUUAAAGAAAUUCUUAAAUUGCUUGAUCUAGGGAUUAUUUAUCCGAUUUCUGAUAGUACAUGGGUCAGUCCUGUUCAUGUGGUUCCUAAGAAGUCUGGUUUUCAAUUGGUUAAGAAUGAGAAGAAUGAGUUGAUUCCCAUGAGGUUGCAAACUGGUUGGCGUAUGUGCAUUGAUUUUAGGAAGUUGAAUAAUGCUACUAGGAAAGAUCAUUUUCCAUUACCUUUCAUUGAUGAGAUGCUUGAGCGAUUGGCUGGUAAGGAAUUCUUUUGUUUUCUUGAUGGCUACUCUGGAUAUUUUCAAAUUUUUGUAGCUCAGGAAGAUCAAGAGAAAACCACUUUUACUUGUCCUUUUGGCACUUUUGCAUGGCGUCGUAUGCCGUUUGGAUUAUGUAAUGCUCCUGGUACUUUUCAGCGUUGUAUGAUGAGUCUAUUUUCUGACAUGAUUGAGAGUUGCAUAGAAAUUUUCAUGGAUGAUUUUACUGUGCAUGGAGACUCUUUUGACCAUUGUUUGACUAAUCUUGAACAAGUUUUGCAGAGAUGUGUCGACACUAAUUUGGUGUUGAACUUUGAGAAAUGUCAUUUCAUGGUGAGAGAGGGGAUUGUUCUUGGGCAUGUGAUUUCUGCAAGAGGAGUAGAAGUUGAUAAGGCGAAAAUUGAUUUGAUUGUUAAGUUACCUUAUCCUUCUAAUGUGAAAGAGAUUCGUGCUUUCUUAGGCCAUGCAGGUUUUUAUAGGCGUUUCAUAAAAGACUUUGCAAAGACUGCUCAACCUCUCACUAGGUUGCUUCAUCAAGAUGUGUCUUUUGUGUUCAAUGACAAGUGCAAGGAGGCCUUUGAUUUGUUGAAGAGUAGACUCACUUCUGCCCCCAUCAUUCAACCACCAAUUUGGGGAGAGCCUUUUGAAAUCAUGUGCGAUGCAAGCGACUACGCCGUUGGAGCAGUGCUAGGGCAGAAAGUUGGGAAAGAGAGCCAUGUGAUUUACUAUGCUUCCAAAACUCUCAACCCGGCUCAAUGCAAUUACACAACCACGGAGAAGGAGCUUUUAGCCAUCGUUUUUGCUUGUGAAAAAUUUAGAUCUUAUUUGAUUGGCUCUAAAGUUGUUGUUUAUUCUGACCAUGCAGCUCUUAAGUAUUUGCUCUCUAAAAAAGAAUCUAAGCCUCGCUUGAUCCGUUGGAUUCUGCUUUUGCAGGAAUUUGACUUGGAGAUUAAAGAUAAAAAGGGAGCCGAGAACUUGGUAGCUGACCAUUUGAGCAGACUGCAGACUGUGUCGGACGGUAUGCCCAUACCAGACGACUUUCCAGACGAACAGCUGCUGCACAUCGACGGUAACACUCCUUGGUAUGCUGAUUUGGUUAAUUUUCUAACUGCUGGAGUUUUUCCUAAGGGAAUGGAGACAGCCCGUAAGAAUAAGUUGAGGAGCCAAGCAAAAUACUUCAUAUGGGAUGAUCCUUAUUUGUGGAAGACCUGUGCGGAUCAAGUGAUACGACGUUGCAUCCCUGAUGAGGAGAUUCAUUCCAUUUUGAAUUUUUGCCAUGCUCAUGCUUGUGGAGGUCACUUUGGUCCCAAACGAACAGCACGUAAGAUUCUUGAUUGUGGUUUUUAUUGGGAAACUAUUUUUAAGGAUUCUUACAAUUUCUGCAAAAAUUGUGACAAGUGCCAAAGAACAGGUAAUAUCUCUUCUCGCAAUGAAAUGCCUCAAGUCCCUAUUUUGGUUUGUGAAAUCUUUGACGUUUGGGGAAUGGAUUUUAUGGGGCCGUUUCCUAGUUCUUUUGGAAAUUCUUACAUUCUUUUGGCUGUUGAUUAUGUUUCGAAGUGGGUGGAAGUGAAGGCCACCCGCACUAAUGACUCUAAAGUUGUUGCAGGGUUCCUUAAAGCUAAUAUUUUUAACAGAUUUGGCGUGCCCCGUGCCAUCAUUAGCGAUCAAGGAACCCAUUUUUGCAACCGCACUUUGGAAGCACUUUUCAAGAAAUAUGGAGUCCACCAUCGAGUUGCCACGGCAUAUCAUCCCCAAUCCAACGGUCAGGCUGAAGUUUCUAAUCGAGAAAUCAAGAGCAUCCUUGAGAAAACAGUCAACCCGAGACGAAAGGAUUGGAGUUUGAGACUGGACGAUGCGGUAUGGGCAUACCGCACUGCAUUCAAGUCACCGAUUGGUAUGUCUCCGUACAGGCUGAUUUUUGGGAAGCAAUGUCAUCUACCAGUUGAGAUGGAGCAUAAAGCUUUUUGGGCCGUGAAGGAAUUCUGUUUAGAUGAGAAAGUUGUUGGCAAAGAGCGGAAAUUUCAACUGCAAGAAUUAGAGGAGAUUCGAUUGGAGGCGUAUGAUCAUGCAAGUCGUUACAAGGAACGAACCAAAUUUCUACAUGACAAAUACAUUCGAAGGAAAUCCUUUGAAGUUGGGCAGAAGGUUCUCUUGUUUAACGCACGCUUAAGGAUUAUGCCAGGAAAAUUGAAAUCUCGUUGGUUGGGCCCGUUUGAAGUUGUUAGUGUGAGUCCUCAUGGAGCUGUGGAAAUCCAAAGCCUCGAAACACGAAAGUGUUUUAAGGUUAAUGGACAAUUACUCAAGCCAUACUAUGCUGGAGUCGAGAUGGAGUCGUUCAAUGCUCUCAGCCUGACGUCUCCAACCAUCGUCUAAGGAUUAUGAACUUCUUUUCUGUCCAGCCAAGGACGUUAAACAAAGGCGCUCAUCGGGAGGCAACCCGAUUUUUCUUGCCCUUGUUUUGUUUAUUUUCGUUUUUUCUCUCUUAAAAAUAUAUAUAUAUAUAUAUAUUAAAAAAAAUAUUAUUAUUAAAAAAAAAAUUAAAAAAAAAAAAGCUUGGGGUGUGUUUUGGUCAAUUUCGCAGGUUUGGGGGUUGCCCUCCAGUUUCUGAAAAGUUGGGGGCCAAGGUGCAAAUUCUGGAACUAGGUUUUUUUACUAAAGUCAAAAUUUCCUCAAUUUGGUUUCCCCCAUCCAUUCCGCCGCUGCUGCAGUUUCGAACGCCCGCCCACCUCUGCGUACACCGAGUACGAGUCCUCUGCCGGCGCCUCUACCCUUUCCGGUGGCCCAUUCCUCAUCGCCGGAAGCUUCAGCCCCUCAUCCACCUACAUGAUUCCAUUUCAGGGAAGUUUCUUUCUUUUUGCUUUUCGUUUUUGAAGCUUUUGAUUUCUUUUAGUUGUCUGCUGUUGUUUCUGUUUUGGUCUGUCAUACUCUCACACAAUGAGGACAUUGUGUUGUCCAAGUGUGGGGGGGGUGUCUUUGUUUUGUGUGUCUUUGCUUUGUUGCUAUGUUGGUUUUCUUGUCAGUUUCGAGUCCUUUGGCAAUUUUUAUGAUUGAUGAUGUGAAGAGUUGAAAUUAGGAUAUUGGAUUUGGUAUGAUAGGCUGUUGCUCUUGUGAUGGAAUUAUGCAUAUGUUUGUAGGUGUUCUAGUAUGAGAAAAACGUGCAAAAUUUGAUCAAAAUUACUUGAAACCUACUAAAUUGUGAGGAUUGAGCCAUAAUGAGCACACAUGACUAGCUCUAAUUGUUUCUUUGAUGAGUGAUUGAUUCGAACUUCAAUGCCGAAUUUCUGGUUUGCCCUGUUGCCAUAGUCAAGACUGAGUUUGAGAAUUUAAUGCAUGAAAAUGAUUAAGGCAUUUAGGAAUAACCAUUAUUUUGGCCUGAACAUAUUAUCCGAAACUUCACUAUUCCCUUAGUGAGCCCGUUUGUGCCUAAUUUGCUCCUUUUUGUUUGAUGAAAACUCACAUAUAUUGAGCCUUAGCCUAUUUUAACCUGCUUUUGUCCCUUGAAAACAUGUGAAUGCAUUAGGUUAUGACGAGAUGAGAAAUGAGUAUUCCUAUCAUUUUAGUGUGUUGAGUGAUGAUUCAUUAAGUUAUUGGGGAUAUAUAUGCAGUUUUAAAAAAAAAAAAAAAAAAAUUA